AUGUCGGACGAUGAGUUUAUGAUGGAUGACGCGCUGGAAGAAGAGGAUUAUGAAUUCGAGUACGAGGACGAUGACGACGAGCACGAAGGAGAUGCAGAUGUAGAAAACAAGUAUUAUAAUGCCAAGGCCAUGAAAUCGAAUGAUCCCGUGGCGGCCUUGCGUGAGCUGCAAAACAUUGUGGAUCAAGACACGCCACAGACAGAAUGGGGCUUUAAAGCUCUGAAACAGCAAAGUAAGAUCUUUUUACAAUUAGGACGUUUCUUGGACGCUCUUGGCAAGUACGAACACGUACUGCACUAUACCCAUUCAGUGGUCACGCGGAACUAUGCAGAAAAAUCCAUCUGCUCGAUUCUGGAUCGUGUGUCUGCAGCGAUAAGCAUGCCAUUGGAACUGGUGGAAGCAUGGUUUUCUCAAACACAAAACACCCUCUCCGUGUCUCAGACUGAUCGCCUACGCACCAAGAUAGGACUAAAGCUCGCGCGAUUAUGGCUCGCGCGGCGCGAGUGGGAUCGGCUCGCCAGGGUGCUUGGUGACUUACGAACGCAUCUAAUGGAAGCGAGUCAUGGCGACAUACAAUCUCAGGGGACAACAGUGCUGGAGCUGCUAUCGUUAGAGAUUCAGAUGUAUCGAGAAACUGGAAACUUGCGCAUGGUCAAGGCCACGUACAAUGCAGCCAUGAACGUGCAAAAUGCCAUUCCGCACCCACGCACGAUGGGUGUGAUACGUGAGUUUGGUGGGAAAAUGCACAUGACCGAAAAAAACUGGGAGGCGGCACAGGUGGACUUUUUCCAAGCCUUCCGCAACUAUGAUGAGGCCGGGAGCCCACAGCGUAUUCAAGUCCUAAAAUACUUGGUGAUGGCAAAUAUGCUCAUGGGCAGUGGGAUCAACGUGUUUGACUCGCAGGAGACGAAGCCGUACGUUUUGCUGCAAUGA